AUGCCGCCUCGAGUUUGGGUGAUCACCGGCUCUAGCUCCGGUCUCGGGCUUGCAACAGCUCUGCACGCCCUCAGACAAGGUGACAAGGUGGUGGCUACUGUCCGAUCCUUGUCGAAAGUUCCGGACGCACUUCGUGCUGCAGGAGCUCGGCCACUUAUCUUGAACCUUGAUGACCCGGACGAGCAUAUACAGCAAGCCGCUAAGCAGGCGAUUACGGUAUAUGGCUAUGUCGACGUGCUGGUGAAUAACGCAGGGACGAGUAUCAAUGGCUAUGGGCCUAUCGAAGAGCUGAGCGUCCAAGAUAUGCGAAAGCAUUUUCAGACCAGCUUAUUUGGCACCCUUGCCUUCACUCAGCCAUUCAUCGCACACUUCCGCACCCGCCGGACAGAAGACAUUAUCAACGUCUCCUCUCUGGCAGCCGGAUUGUCAACCCCCGCCUGGGGGCCGUAUUGCGCGUCGAAGCUCGCUUUAGAGUCGUUUUCCGAGACCCUUUCGAAGGAGCUCACGUUGUUCAACGUCCGAGUCACCAUCAUAAUUGCCGGCUACUUCCCCACAAAUAUAUUCCGCACCCAUCCAGCAUACGUCGAAGACGGGAGGGUCUCCGGGUCUCCGGAAGCUACCCGGUCCACGGUAUACAUAGAUCCAGAGACCCAGGGCUAUGACUCGAUGAACUGGCUGCCUCGUCGAUCAGAAGCUAGAGGACUCGUUGGCGACCCAGAGAAGUUCGCAGAGCGAGUAUUCGAGAUCGUUGCACGAAAGGGUCUUGCAUAUGAGGUUACGAGAGGUGCACCGGUGGGAUGGGUGAAGGUUGCUUGCGGCUCGGAUGCUGGCUCCCGUAUCUUGAAGCAGCUUGAGGACACGGCGGAGAACUUUAAAGCGUUCGAGCCUGUCUGGAGGUCUACAGAUGUCAGAACGGAACAGAAACCUGUAUCUUCUCGCCUAUAA